AAAAAAAAGGAAAAUCAAAAUCUCACUCACCCCAAAAAAUACCUUUUGGUUACCCGCUCGUUACUCCCUCUUCUUCUCAUCUAUGUCGCUCGCCCUAAAUCCCCCAAAAAAAUUUAGCUACUCUUCUUCUACACUUUCCUUUAACUUCAUCCAUCUCUCUUUCCCUUCUCCAUUAUACACCCUUCUUUGGACUUUUUUGUGCUUUCUUUUGAGGUAAAAACAAGGGGAAGGUAACACUGCUGUGAAGCUCAGCUUUGGGUUUUCUUUUUUGGUUUAGGUAAUGGUGCUAAGGCUCGAUGGCACAAAUGUUUCGGGGUUUAAAUUCCUCUUCUUAUUGCGGUCAUGUAUGGUCUCAUGUCCAUCCUUGUUCACUCCAUAAUGUACACCAAGUUCAUCACGCCUUUGGGGAUCGAUGCGUCUCUCAAUCGUUUCUUUGAAGCCAGAGCUAUCGAUCAUGUUCAAGUCUUAGCACAUGAAAUCGAUGGUCGUCAAGAAAGGCGUCAGGGUUUGAAAGAAGCAGCAGAGUAUAUUAAGGCACAGUUGGAAAGGUUGAAGGAGAGAGCUGGGUCAAAUUUCAGGAUUGAGAUUGAAGAGAAUGCUGUUGGUGGGUCAUUCAAUAUGAUGUUCUUAGGCCAUGGUAUAUCAUUUGGUUAUAGAAAUCAUACAAAUAUUUUGGUGAGGAUUGUCAAUUCCUACUUUUGAUGUGCCAAUGUCACCAAAGAAGGCUCUCCAUGCUGCAAUGCUGAAACAUCGUUUUACAGACACUACUGGAUCAUGUAAAGUUUUAUUUUGGAUGCUAACAACGAAAAGGUCUUCUAAUCCUCUCAUCAAAUGGAAUUAAAAAGAUGAAGUGAAGCUCUUUAUCAAAUAACAUGUUCACUUAAAUUCUUUUUACUUGCCAUUAUAGAUUUUGAACUGCUUUAAUCUAUGAACUGUUAAAAUACUUAGCUUGUUUUCUUGCUUGUGUCUACCAUUUCAAUCUUAUCAGGAUGAUGCAAUAUGUGCCUUCCUAUACAAUAAUAAAUUUGAAACCAAAUUCCACAGU